CUGACGUCGCUGGGGGUUUUGUUCACUGACCAGGCCUCUAUUGCAUAUUGUCUUCAUUGACAACUGAUAUACACACUCCUUUCCUGACAGAACAAGCGAAAUGGCAACCAACCCUGAUUCCGUCGACCCUCCCACCAAUACCACACAGUUGUUAAACGGACAAGAUGCCGGCCAAAGGCGCGAGAGCUUCAGUUCGCAAAAUUCCCAAACUGCACGAGAAUUCCUCGAGAGUCAAAUGCGGCUAGAAGCCGAUGCCCGCGAGGUCCUCCCUUAUUCUUUCGAUACCUGCACGCAAGCUCUAGGACCCCUACGACAGAGCCUUUUCGCCUGUCUCACCUGCAACCCUCCUCCUUCGGACCCCGACGCACCUCACACUGCCGCAGGCGUCUGCUACGCCUGCUCUAUCUCAUGCCACGGCGAACACACCCUUGUCGAGCUAUUCAACAAACGGAACUUUGUCUGUGACUGCGGUACCACGCGUGUUCCUUCGACCUCUCCCUGCACUUUGCGCGAAGACCCCCAGUCCGGCAAGAAGGGCGUGCACUCGGAAACGCCGCACCCGGAUAACAAAUACAACCACAACUUCGAGAACAAGUUCUGCGGAUGUGGCGAAGACUACGAUGCGAACAAAGAGCGCGGCACGAUGUUCCAGUGCCUCGGGCUCGGGAGCGCGGAGACUGGCGGGUGUGGUGAGGACUGGUGGCAUCCGGAGUGUCUAAUCGGGCUGCCUCGGAACUGGUAUGAGGAAUUUAAGAAGGAGGCAAAUGGGGAUAAGCAGGCGGACGAGGACGAGGAGGAUGAGAUCCCGCUGCCUCCGGGAUUUCCGUUGGAGGAUGACUUCGAAACGUUCAUUUGUUUCAAGUGCGUUGAGUCGAAUCAAUGGUUGAAGAGCUAUGCCGGAACAGCUGGGUUCUUGCCUCCUGUCUCCAAGGAGGGCGGUCUCCCCAAAGUUACGACAGAUGUUAAGCCAGCCCCAGAGACGUCGGUCGCAUCCGCGAAUCAGGAGGAACAAUCCGCCAACUCGAAGAAGCGCAAAGCAGAAGACGACGAUGCUGAAAACGAGCCCGUGUCGAAGCGCACAAAAGAGGAUGACAUCCAGGAAACACCUACAGAAACCAAGGCCGAACCAAAAGAAGAACAAAAGCCAGACUCAGAAACGACACAAUCCGAACCCGCGAAGGAUAAGCACAAGCACAAGCACGACUCCCUGCCCUCGUCCACCCCAUCCGGCACCUUCUCCCUAUUCCUCAAAGAAGACUUCCGCGACCAUUUCUGCCGCUGCCCCGAAUGCUACCCCAACCUCUCCCACCACCCUCAACUCCGAGAAGAGGAAGAGACCUACGAGCCUCCUCUCUCCGAGAUAGGCGACGACGCCAACGGCGGAGGUAGCACCGGCACUGGCAGCAUUUACGACCGUGGCGAAGCCGCUCUCAACAAUAUGGACCGCGUGAGGGCCAUCGAGGGCGCUAUGGUGUAUAACCACCUGCGAGACAAGGUGAAGGAGUUCUUGAAGCCGUUCGCGGAGUCAGGAACUGCAGUCGGCGCAGACGAUAUCAAAUCUUAUUUCGAGAAGCUUCGUGGAGAUGAGCAGCCAAUGCGGGAUGCGGCUGGACAGGCUUCUAGGUCCAAAGGGGACGAUGAUAAUGAUAACGAUGGAAACAGGCAGGAGCAAAGUGGCUAUUGAUUGUUUCUGUACACUGGGUAUGGUUUUUGGAUUUAAGGGAACACGAUUGGGAUGGAAUCUACUUUAUCCUAGGCGCAUAUGGUGGGGAUUAGGAUAUGGACUCUGACAUGAGAUAAUCUAAAUUGACCUUAUAAAUGUCAUACUUCUUGUUUUAC